GCGCUGGUGUCAGGAAAAUUAGGAAAAUGCUGUCUAUUCUCCUCCAACGCCUCGCGGUAGCGCUGUUUCACUUCUGUUCGUAUGGAGGAGUUCAAAAAACAGAAGUGGAGGCUUUUAGUGCUAGUGAGGGGAUGGUGAUCCACUGCUGUGCUGUGACUGCUCUCCUCUUUCCAGUCUAGACAUCACAUCACUCCCCAAAGCCCGACUAAUUCGGUGGCUUUCCUUAUUUUGCUCGGCCCAAAAUGUCUACCACAACCGGCGGCGGGGAGUUCGGCAAUCCUCUACGCAAGUUUAAACUGGUCUUCCUGGGCGAACAGAGCGUGGGAAAGACAUCCCUCAUCACCAGGUUUAUGUAUGACAGUUUUGACAACACCUAUCAGGCAACGAUUGGAAUUGACUUUUUAUCAAAAACUAUGUAUCUAGAAGAUCGCACGAUUCGGCUGCAGCUCUGGGACACAGCGGGACAGGAGCGUUUCCGCAGCCUCAUCCCGAGUUACAUCCGAGACUCAGCCGCUGCAGUUGUGGUUUAUGACAUAGCCAAUCUAAACUCUUUCCAACAAACCUCAAAGUGGAUCGACGACGUUCGAACGGAGAGAGGAAGUGAUGUCAUUAUCAUGCUUGUUGGCAACAAAACAGACCUUGCAGACAAAAGACAAGUUUCUGUCGAGGCGGCAGAGAGGAAAGCGCGAGAGCUCAAUGUGAUGUACAUAGAGACCAGUGCCAAGGCUGGUUAUAACGUCAAACAGCUUUUCCGUCGUGUUGCGGCUGCAUUGCCAGGAAUGGACAGUGCAGCGGAGAAAAGCAAAGAAGACAUGAUCGACAUCAAACUGGAGAAGCAGCCAGAGAUGACAGUCACCGAGAGCAGCUGCUCAUGCUAGUAUCGGACAACCGCAUCUCAGCCCGACACCCCCACUCCCACCACCGCCAACAGCUCGUCUCUCAGUGGCCACCAAGGGAACAAACAGAAUCCACAUUGAAAUCAAAGGGACGUGCGUUUAUCACUUCCAUCCACUUGCAUGGCAUUCAAGUAUAUCCGAGCGCAGACUGACUUAGCUGACCGCUUAUUUGGUUAUCGCACAAGUUCCGAGUCUUUGUGCUGUGACUCUUUUUGUCAUUGUUUUCACGUUUAAAAAAACAAAACGCCUCAAAAAAAAAAACUUCACCAGGUUGUGUUCCCAAGAUUUGUUUUUGAUUAUUUAAAAAAAAAAAAAAAAAUUUUUUAAUAGUUUGUCAACCCAAUCUGCUUAUUUCUUAACACGUGUGAUGUGUUUUAUUAACCAUCGCUGAUGGAAAAAGAAAGGCAAACUGUCUUAACCCUUUAUAAGGCAUUCAUUUAAACACAAUUAAAAAUUUUUAAGAAUAACUGCAGAGAGUAAUUUGGGGUCAUAUACAGGGUUUCUAAACGUAAAUGCCCCAAAAUUAAUAAGUGGUCACCUGAAAAUGCUCUAAAGUCAACAGGAAGUGAUCUGAAUAUCCCCAAAAAUCAAUACAAAGGGACCCACAAAUGCCCCAAAGCCAACAGGAAGUGAACAGGAAAUUACCCAGGAAUGCCCUGGAAUCAACAGGAAAUUACCCAUAAUUGCCCUAAUGACCUGAGGGAAUAUACUGACCAGCAGGGCAAAGCGUCGCAUUUUCUUAUAAAUUCAGUUUUUAUUUACAUUUUACUAAUUUAUAAAUGGACUUAUUAACUCUUUCACUGCCAUUGAACAAGACAGACGUCCAAUCAUGUGGUGUCCAACCAUCCUCAUGCUGUGAAUUUAGAGUUUAUCACUAGUAGACACACGUCAAAUGGAUUGGACGUCUAUUGCUGUCAAUAGCAGACAAUGAGUUAAUAAAAAUACAAUGAUAACACAUUUUGUAAUAUAAAAAAAAAAUCACCAAUAAGUCACUUGCCCUAUAAAGGGUUAAUAAACUUCAUUAGUUGGAGCAAAGCACCCACACUUCGUCCAUACGGUCUGUCCUCACAACACUCCAAUGCUAACCGCAGCUUACAAGGAAGAACUGGCAGUUAAUGAUCAUGUUUCAGUGCCAUUGACAGUGAUAGAUGUCCAAAUCAUUCGAUGGAUUACACAUCUAUCGCCGUCAAUGACGGUCAAAACACGUUCCCGGAUUUCUACGGAUGAUGACACAGAUGCCUUGCUUGUUUUGUUCACUGACUCAAGCCACAAAUAUUGUAAAAAUAGAGAAAAAGGGAAGCCGGCUGAUCGGUGAUUGGUGGCUUCAACUCGUCGUUUUCUAGAGCUGGAAGACGUAACUUACUAACACCCUCGCUGUAAAAAGCCGCAUUUGUCGCAAGAUCCUUAGCUGUAUUGCUAUUAUUGCUUGUGUAAGACCGUUGUUUUUAUGUGAUUAUUUAUUGAGUAACUCGGACAUAUACAUAAAAAUUUGUUCGCUUGACCAAAAGUGCAAAUGUUGAAGCGCAUGUCGAAAAGCCAUUUUAUUUAUUUGGGUGUCUGCUUGGGAUUGGCACUCUAUUGAAAGCCCGAUUGGAACGGGAUUAGUAUUACCAGUGAACCUUAGGCGAUUUGCCACAUAACAAAGGCCGUGAAAUGUACAGAAACUGACUCAUGAGUACCUUAUAAAUAACAAGCAAGUGAUCACUCACUUGCCACUGACAACGAUCGAAAUCCAAUUUAUUUAAACCGGGAGGACUGGUUGAGUUUGGAUUUUUUUGAUGUCGAAAUGGAUUGGAUAUCUAGCGCUGUCAAUGGCAGGCAAGGAGUUGACAAGUAAGUGACCCGAAAAAUUGCUUAAAAUUAAUAGGAAGUGACCAAAAAUCAGUCAGAACUAGUCUCGUGCCAAUCGGGCUAGAGGCUCUGUACAGCUAAAAGGACAGGUGUCUUGUCGUAAAACUGUUUACAGUCCGUAAAGGCCAAACACUCACAAAUAGGGACCACACUUAUUUAGCCAUGGCUUAACACACUAGUCCUUCUUGGUUGUCUCUGGUUUUAAAAAAUAUAUACCAACAUUUUAGGAAAAUAAUGGAUUUGAAGCUCUUUUAUGACUUGCCACAACUUACUACUCAGCUUUGUGCUCUUCGGAAUUGUGUCUGUCCACUUGAACUAUGCUGUCUACUAGUGUUUAGCAAUGUUGUGUGAAUACUAUUACUAUCUGAUGUGUAAAAAGGAGACUUAAUGGCACACAAGUGUAGGCCGAUCACAUGGAAAACAAUAAAGAUUAUUUCACCAAAGACAAGUUUCGUUUUUUUG